AGACCUGCUGAUCGGCUGUCACGGUUCAGCGCACCUCUUCAAGGCAGUGUGACGUCAGCACGACCCGCAGGACUAGUUUGUAUCUGUGCCUCCAGGUGUUGCAGGUACAGACUAGGCCGGGCUGCUCUAACCGGGCGUCCUUAAGUGUCCUUGUCUUGUAACGUCAAGAAAUCAAGGUAAGACAAGGACUCAAGUCAGUUCUUACAAGGCGCUGCCGGUUGUCUUGUCGUCUAAACGACAAACCAAAGACACAGGGAACUUGUGGCAAGUCUUCCGUCUUGCCUGAAGGAUAUUUGGGGACGUAGGUGAGAUUUUGAAACGUUGACAGUCGAUAACAACGGGAAGCAGCCAUCAUGCUGUCGGUCGGCGCACGUCGGAAGCACCGUCUCCCCGUCAGGGGGUCCGUCAACCGGGCGUUCGUCGAGCUGGAGAAACCCGUGGUCCUCAGGCGCAACAUCGGGGUCUUCAAAGCCAUGAACAUCGUGGUGGGCUGCACCAUCGGCGGCGGGAUCUUCAUAUCCCCCAAGGGGAUCCUCGUAAACUCGGGUUCCGUCGGCAUGGCCAUGAUCGUGUGGGGAAUCUGUGGCGUCAUCACCGUGCUGGGAGCUCUGAGUUACAUCGAGCUCGGCACCACCAUACAGCGCUGCGGCGGGGACUAUGCCUACAUCAAGGAGGCGUUCGGCCCGGUCCUGGCCUUCCUGCGACUGUGGACACAGAUGAUCAUCAUACGGCCGGGAGUCAUUGCCGUGCUCUCCAGAACAGCCGCCAAAUACUGUGUCAAACCGUUCUUCCAGUACUGUGAACCGCCGGACUUACCUGUCAAUCUGCUGGCUGCCACUAUCAUAGUCCUGCUGACGUUUGUGAACUGUUUCCGGCUGAGCUGGGCCACUAAAGUCCAGGACGUCUGCGCCGUGGGGAAGGUGGCCGGGCUGGGUCUCAUCAUAUUCGCAGGGAUACUGGAAGUCUGGUUCGGAAAAGGCACGUUAGAGAACUUCACGUUUGACGGUCCGCCGCUGGACGCCAGGAAACUGUCCCAGGCGUUAUACAUCGGGAUGUUUGCCUACGCGGGAUGGUUUUACCUGAACACCGUUACUGAGGAGAUUCAUAAACCGGAAAAGACCAUGCCCCGCGCCAUGAUAGUCGGAGAGGUGGUGGUGAUGACCAUGUACCUGCUCACCAUCUUCGCCUACCACAUCGUCAUGUCUGCUGACGACGUCCUCGGGUCGUCUGCGGUGGCUGUGACCUUUGCCACCCGAGCCAUGGGUUCUCUGUACUGGACAGUUCCCAUCGCAGUGCUGGUCUCAUGUGUCGGCGUCGCGAACGGCGUGUUCCUGGCAACAUCACGUGUGAUGUACGCAGGCGCGCGGGACGGUACCCUUCCCUCCAUCCUGAAGACUCUUCACGUGGACAAGUGCACCCCCAUGCCUGCCAUCAUUCUACUGUGUCCUAUUUCCCUGGCCAUGCUGGCCGUGAGUGACGUAAGUAAGAUCAUCACGUUCCUGAGCUCGGUGCGGUGGUUGUUUAUCGGCAUGUCAGCCCUCGCCAUCCCCUGGCUCCGGUACAAGCAGCCCUAUCUACACAGGCCAAUAGUGUACCCUGUGUGGAUCCCGAUCGUGUUCGCCACCUGCUGCGCUGCCAUGGUAACGAUGUCAGGCUACUCCUCACCGGUUGCCAUGGCGACAGGCCUCGGUAUCACCGCCACGGGACUUCCGGUCUACUGGCUCGUACGCGUCCAAAAACCUGCAUGGAUACAGAACUGUAUAGACAAGAUGACGGUGAAACUUCAGCUGCUGCUGCAGUGUGUGGAGGAGCAGUACGAAGACGAAGACGCGAACAAAAGCGAGCUGGCCAGGGCUAUCGACCACUCCCUCAUCCCCACCGAAAAACGUCGGUACAACAAUGGACACAAGUACGCCAUGACGGCUUUGUGAAUAUGAAAGGCUUCCAAUGCGAUUUCAGGGCAGCAAAAUUGGAAAUAUCCUGUAUAAGGCAUUCUUUGUAAUAUAGAAAUAUAUAUAUUAUACUGCUUCACAUUAGCACAUUUAAAUCAGCAUUGCAUACUUUGAGCAUCUAAAACUGCAGGAGAAGCCCCAAGAUGAGUCCAUUAUUUUCAAGGUGUUACGCUAAAAAUCAACCCAGGGCCCUUCCAGUAACUAUUUUCCGUCAGAAUUUUGGGAAUGUUUGCUCCACGAGAUUAAUAUACAUUGGGAAAGUGUGGUUUCAACUUAGUAUGUAGAUGAAUGACUAGAAUAUUGGCUUUCAAAAAUCGGGAUUUCAAGCCCUAAAAACUGCAAUGGAUGCCUUUGAAUAUUGCUCAUGAUAUAAAAAAAAAUAGCCUUCUUCGCACACUUGUGGGGCGGCGGUGUUAGUUUUUUUGUCGGGGAGCGACACGAGCUAUGCCCGGCAUAACAAGGCGGCAAAACCGUCUCUCCGCGGCUUAACUCGCGUCGCUCCACGAAAAAAAAAUAACUACGCCUCCCCACAAGUCUAUUGCGAAGGAGGCUAUCAAAAUACGACCUUAUCUGUUGGCAAAACUAGUAUUACCUGCCUAUCAGAGACAAGUUAUAAUAAAUAUACAUGUAGACGGUUCUCCAUUCAAAAUUUCACUGC